AUGGAACGCUCAAAGACACCGCCACCGGCGUCACGGCCGCCCGCCAAGUCACCGCUCACGCCGGACCAACUUAGGCGCAUAGAAGAAAAUAGAUUAAAAGCCAAAGCGAUUCGCGAUCAACGAGAAGCCGAGCAGCGGGCAGCGGGCACCGCGCCCGCCCCCCCCAAGACGGCCGCCGGCUUCGUCCCGACCGAUGACGUCUACGUUUCCAAGCCCGCCAACGGCAAGCGGCCCCUCGCCGCAACGACGACGACGACAACCGACACUGGCACGAACCGCGACGGGCGCGACCGCGGCGACGAGUCGACGCUGCGGCCCGCCAAGAAGUUUGCCAAGUUCGUCGACUACAACAUGAGCGCCAUGACGGACACGAAGGGCGGCUUCCUGUCCGCCGAGGACGACCCGCACAACCGCGCGCUUGGCGUGGCUGGCGGUAGCGACCAGCAGCCGCAGCGGCCAAAGGACAUGACGAUGCAGGAGUGGGAGAAGCUGCAGCUGCUGCGGACGCUGCGGCGGCAGCGGGCGGGCCCGUUCGAGCCGGGCAUCAGCGUGCUGGACGACGAGAAGACGCGCAAGAAGUGCCGCGAGUGCGGCAGCCUCGAGGUGGACUGGGUCUGGGAGGAGGUCUUCCACCUCUGCGUGUGCAACAAGUGCAAGAACAACCUGCCGGACAAGUACUCGCUGCUGACCAAGACGGAGUGCAAGGAGGAUUAUCUCCUCACCGAUCCGGAGCUGCGAGACCCGGAGCUGCUGCCGCACCUCUCCAAGCCGAACCCGCACAAGUCGCACUGGCACGACAUGAUGCUCUUCCUGCGGUGCCAGGUGGAGGAGUACGCGCUGCAGACCAAAUGGGGCUCGUCCGAGGCGCUCGACGCCGAGUACGCGCGGCGCGAGGCGCAGAAGAGCGCGCGCAAGGAGCGCCAGUUCCGCGACAAGCUGCGCGACCUGAAGCGCAAGACGCGCACCGACGCGUUCCGCCGCCAGGCGGGGACACUCGGCGCCACGGGGGCGAGCAAGUUUGGCGAUGAGGUGGCCGGGAGGCACGGCGGCAAGCACGUGCACGAAUGGGGGCGGACGGUGGAAAACGAGGAGGGCAUGACGGUCAAGGCGUGCGCGACGUGCGGGAUGGAGGUCGAGGAGCUGCAGCUGCUAGCACUCGAGAUCCUGCAGGUCACUCUCGGUCGGCGCGCACCCUACCUCUCGCAGCGCCUCGAGCGUGCCCCGCCGAUGCUCGCCCCCGGCCGCUUCCCGCGGCAGCAGAAGGGCUGCUUGCGGCAGCGUCCGUCCCACCGCGUUGCGUGCCCCGAGGCCGACCUUCCCCGAUUGCACCAGCCACCGGACUAUCGCGGGGUGCCCGCAUUCGAGCGCGAUGAACGCCGCCGGCCCGCAAAGCCGCACCCGCAGAUGCUGGACGGCUGA